GCCAUGGAAACCCAUUCCAUGAAGCUCUCUACACACUGUUGUUGGGCUCAUCUGAAGGCCACACCAAGUUUGGAGGUCUUUAGCUAUUGACUCUGCAGACAGUUGAAGCAGUCUGCAUGCCUAGGGGCUUGAUUGUAUACACCUGUGGUCAUGGAGGGGAUUGGAACACCUGAAUCACAUGAUUGGGAGGGGAUUGGAGCACCUGAAUCACAUGAUAUGGAGGGGAUUGGAACACUGGAAUCACAUGAUAUGGAGGGGAUUGGAAUACCUGAAUCACAUGAUUUGGAGGGCGGGGCAAAUACUUCUGGCAAUAUAGUGUAUAUAUGUAGAGGAAAGCAAAACCAG